CGUUCCCAAGGUUCUUCCUCAGGCAGUCCUCCGCGGAAGGCGUUCGGCGAGCGAUGGCGGCCACGCGUGUCCGACCCUGCGCCCGCGAGAUUUUCACGACACUGGAGUACGGACCGGUGCCGGAGAGCCACGCAUGCGCACUGGCCUGGCUGGAUACUCACAACCGCCUCUUGGGCCACUAUAUCAAUGGAACGUGGCUGAAGCCAGAACACAGGAAUCCAGUCCCUUGCCAGGAUCCUAUCACAGGAGAAACCCUGGCCAGCUGCCUGCCAGCGCAGGCUGAGGACAUCGCUGCAGCUGUGGAUGCAGCAAGGACAGCCUUUCAGACCUGGAGCCAACUGCCUGGAGCUGCUCGAGCCCAACACCUGACCCAGUUGGCCAAGAUUAUCCAGAAGCACCAGCAGCUGCUGUGGACUCUGGAGUCCCUGGUCACUGGGCGGGCUGUUCGAGAAGUUCGCGAUGGAGAUGUCCCACUGGCCCAGCAACUGCUCCAGUACCAUGCCGUCCAGGCCCAUGCCCAGGAGAAGGCACUGGCAGGCUGGGAACCUAUGGGAGUCGUUGGCUUCAUCCUGCCAACUUCUUUCUCUUUCCUGGACAUGAUGUGGAGAGUCUGCCCUGCUCUGGCUGUGGGCUGCACUGUGGUGGUCCUUGUGCCCCCAGCCUUCCCAACGCCUCUCCUCCUGGCUCAGCUGGCAGGGGAGCUCAACUCUUUCCCAGGGAUCCUCAAUGUGGUAUGUGGCCCUGCCUCGCUAGGGUCUGUUCUGGCCUCCCAACCUGGAGUCCAGAAGGUGGCCUUCUGCGGAGCUGUGGAGGAAGGACGCGCUCUGCGACGGAGCCUAGCAGGCAAAGGGCCCCAGCUGGGCCUGGCCCUUGGCACAGAGUCCCUGUUGCUGCUGCUGGACUCAGCAGAUGUGGACUCGGCUGUGGAAGGUGUGGUGGAUGCCAUCUGGUCAGACCGCAGCCUGGUGAGACCUUGUGUGCCCGUCCUCAGAUCCAGGGGUCCGCUAUAUUGCUCCAAAGACUUGGGGUGUUCACUCCCAACUUGUUUUACUUUCUGCUCUUUGGACCUUUGUAUUAUUGACAGACAUCUAUAUCUGUAUCUUUCUUCUCCUUCCCAGGUAUUCCAGGCUGGCGAUGUACCCUUCAAUAGCCCAUUCUUCUCUCCAGCCUUAGUGUCCGGCCUGCCUCCAGCUGCCCCGUGUGCCCAGGCUGAGGUUCCGUGGCCUGUGGUUGUGGCUUCCCCUUUCCGCACAGCCAAGGAGGCACUAGCCCUGGCUAAUGGGACACCACGGGGAGGCAGUGCCAGCGUGUGGAGUGAGAGGCUAGGGCAGGCCCUGGAGCUGGGCUACGGGCUCAAGAUGGGCAUCGUGUGGAUCAAUGCCCACGGCCUCCGAGACCCCGCGGUGCCCAUAGGUGGCUGCAAAGAGAGUGGAUCUUCCUGGCAUGGGGGCCCAGAUGGUCUGUUUGAGUAUCUGUGGCCCUUGGGGACACCUUCCUUGGAGCCCUUCCUUUGCGAGAGUCUCAACUAUGACACAUUUGGCCUUGCUCUGCCCUCCACACUGCCGUCAGAGCCAGAAACAGAGCCCAGCCCAGCACUUGCCUAUGGGCUAUUCGUUGGGGGCCGUUUCCAGGCUCCUGGGGCCCGGCGCUCCAUGCCCAUCCAGGAUUCUUCAGGCAAAGUCUAUAGCUGUGUGGCUGAGGGCGGAGCCAAGGAUGUCCAAGGUGCUGUAGAAGCUGCUCACCGGGCUGCCGCUGGCUGGGGGGCCCAGUCUCUAGUGUCCCGAGCAGUCCUGCUGUGUGCCCUGGCGGCUGCACUGGAGCGGAAGAAGCCAGCCUUGGCCUCCCAACUAGAGAGCCACGGAGCAGCACCUGCAGUUGCCAAGACUGAAGUAGAGCUGAGUGUGAGGCGACUCCAGAUCUGGAGCACGUGGGUUCAGGACCAAGGCCAGACACUUCAGGUAACAGGGUUGAGAGGCCCUGUGCUCCGGCUUCGAGAGCCACUGGGAGUGCUGGCUGUGGUGUGUCCAGAUGAGUGGCCUCUGCUGGCCUUUGUGUCACUGCUGGCCCCCGCCCUGGCCCACGGCAAUGCUGUGAUCUUAGUACCCAGUAGGGCUUGUCCUCUUCCAGCCCUGGAGCUCUGUCAGGAUAUAGCCACCCUGUUUCCUGCUGGCCUUGUGAACGUACUGACAGGAGAUCAGGACCACCUGACGCGCUGCCUGGCCUUACAUCAGGAAGUCCAGGCCCUGUGGUACUUCGGUUCUGCCCAGGGCUCCCAGUUUGUGGAAUGGGCCUCUGCAGGAAACCUCAAGUCUGUGUGGGUGAACAGGGGCUUCCCAAGAGCCUGGGAUAAGGAGGUCGAAGGGGCAGGACCCGAACUGAGUCUGCAAGCAGCAAGAACCAAGGCCCUAUGGUUGCCGAUGGGGGACUGAUGCCUGGAGCUACCCAUCUUGCAUGCCCAGAGAUACCAGAUGCUUGGAAUUUUUCUCUCAAAUUUCCCAUGGUUUCCAAUAAACUGAGCAACUUCUACUGCU